UGAAGAUACAUUGGAUAACUUCUUGCAGUUAAUAUUCCUUUGUGGAAUUUUCACAGGUAUACAGGCUGCUGUAUAUUUUUUGAAGGACUGCAAAUUAACCUUGUCUUUCUGCUCCUGAGAAGUUCCCAGCCAUAUCUAAUUCUAAUUCUCUAUAUAAACCAAGUGUGCAGUUAUGUACCAGAAUAUGGCUAAGCCCUUCCUUUCUGGCUGCCCACUUCGAUUUUUGGCCAUGGGUCUACUAGCAAUGUUUUUUUGUGUUAGUACUGUGGAAAAUGAGGAACGUGAAAACAGAAGGAACCAGGAAAAGACAUCCCGAUGGAAUGAAACAAGCAGUCUUCCCUUGUCAUCAUCCCAGGAUUCAGAAAAUACUGCAGAAAAGAUUCGUAGCUCUGAUUCUCGGAAUGCCUGGAUGCUCCUUGUGAACAACGAGGUGAGGAGCAAAAAAAUGAAUAAAAAUAAGUCCAGAAAGAUUAAGUUUGCCAUUCCAGGCCCGUUGGAGCCUGCAGAACCCCCACAACUUCCUCAAGAUACUAUUACUCAGGAGGAGUUGCUGAGAGAAUUCCAGCUGCUGCUCAAAGGAAUAAUCAGGGAGCAAGAAAGGAUCAAUGUGAAAACCACCAGCAAAAACUGCCAGCAUGGAGAAGAUAGCGAUGGAAAAGAAGAGAAUUUAUUUCCCCAGAUAAGCAUCCCUCUGAUAAAAAGCAGGGAGCAAGGACGAGUUGAAGCAGCAUUCCACUGCCAGACCCGGAAGAAUAUUUCAGUAAAUCGACGAUCCCUUCAAGAACUUCAACUUUAUUACAUACCUAAAAAAGAGGAGCUAUUCCAUCGUGGCCUAGGUCUAAACCUUAACAAUGGUCAAUAUAUGGCCCCUGUCAGUGGAUAUUACAUUUUCAGUGCCAGACUGUAUGUUGUUCCUGAAAUCCAUUCCAAAAGAUGCCAGCCACGGGCCCGAGAUCGCCUGCGCUUGCUGAUCUGUGUUGAGUCACUCUGCCGCCAGAAAAGUUCUCUGGAAACAGUCAGCACUUUGGACAAAAGCAGUGAAUAUUUCACUAUUUCAGUCAGUGGAAUUCUCUUUCUGCAGGCUGGCCAAUAUGCUUCAGUUUUCGUAGAUAAUGCUACAGGAUCUUCCUUCAUUGUACGAAGUGGGUCAGACUUCAGUGGUGUCCUCUUGGGUAUCUGAGUGACCCAGAGCUGCUUAUUUUUAAGCUGAAAUCCUGCCUUUAAUCAGCUCUAAGCUAAGCCUCUCUUUUUUGGUCAAGUGAAGUUGGACUCCCUAGAAGGAAGCACACCCUUCUGAAAAAUCUGAUUGUAGAAAGAGUUCAGCAUGUGGCAAAACAUCCAAAGGAAGCAAGACCACAAGUGACAUUUGACUGAAGAUAACAUAUAUUACUCUAGCACGAAAGGUCUGAAAUUUGACCCUUCAGUUUUCUAGUUUACUUUUGGAGGUGGCUCUCAACCCUACUUGAAUCCUGAAAAUAUACAUUACAUGCUGUUCCUGCCACAACAGAAUGAUUUUGUCAAAAGUUUAUAUUUCCUGAAGAUACUAUCUUAUCAGCUCAUAGUCUUUCAUUAAGGAUAUCAAAUACUCCUACCCACUCUGCAUAUAUGUUCUUACAGAAAUCCUCAUGUGUCUAAGUUUUUGUUCAUUUUAUCCUACCUUUUUUCCAAGAGCUCAUGAUGAUAAACUCUCUCCUCCAAUAAUCACCCCCACCAAUAUCUUUAUGUUGGGCUGAAAGUUCAUGUCAGGCCUAAAGGUACCUCAUGAGCUUCCAUAAUAGAGGAUGGACUUCAGUAUGAAUCUUCCUGGCCCCAUGUCUAAACCACUGCCCUACUUUAACCAACUUGUGAAAUGUCCUGCUUUGUAUGGUACUCCCUGCCUGAUGACACUCUACACAUUACGUAAAUUACCAUCAACCACAUUUGGCACAGUUAUUAUAGUAGUACUGGGUUGCUUAUAAAUGCUGCUAACCCUAUAACCUGUUGCCUUAAAUCCAUCAGAUUACAUUGUUUUGAUGCACUAAUUCCAAUUAAUGGAGGAAGGACAGAUGCUACUCAUUUUGCAUUUAAUUCCUAAUUUUAUCAGAACAAGUUUAUAAAGUUACAUGCUCAGGCAUCCAUUGAUGGCCUGAUACAGUGAGGGAACUUCUCUUUCGGAGUAAUGGUCUUUACGUUCUUUGAGGCUACCAGAACUGUAGGGUGAUAUCCAAGAAAACCAACACAGCACAGCACCACCCUCUAGUCCUACAGCCACACUGGCACGUAGGCAGAUUUUUAAGCCAUUUCUCUAUUUUAAUUUAUGUAUCAGAGAAAUGCAGAGGACACACCCUUAUCUAUUUCAGCCUGAGAGUCACUUAUGUAACUGCUGCUUUUUCAUAAUCAUUUUCUACAAGCAAAUGCAGAAAUUUUUUUUAGCAAAAUAGAUGGUGAAAGAAAAGAGACUUACAGGCAGCAGGCAGGCAUCAGCUCAGUUUUGAACACAAGUUGGCUUCUAGGUCCUCAGUAAUCCACGUAUGGGCAAGUCCUAGUUCAAGUUAGAUCAACUCAAAUAUUCAGGAAACUCAGGAAUCGUGGCAUCUUUGGGUCUUCCUUUCCCUAAAAACACCCAACUACGAGGCCCAGGACUGCUAGUGAUUCUUGAUGAUAAUCCAACUUUCUACAUGCAAGAGUUUUUUUUUUUUCCUUUUCCAUAUAGACGAAUUUCUAAUAAGCUACUGCUCAGAAUUUGAAAAGAAAGAACAUAAGAAUAGGAGAAAGCCAGAAUUCAAUGCCACUUCUAAAGACCACCAGAGGGCAGAAGCAUCUGCAGAACAUUUAGAGUUCUAGGCACCAAACUGAUUAAGCUAAGGACUAUAAUAGUUCUAUUUUAGGAAAAGCACAUUCUCAGUAAGUUGUGCACCCACCCUUCUUAUUCUGGAAAUGCUAAUGGCUUGAUAAGGCCAAGGUACUGCCCUGCAGCACAAUCAAUCAUACGCAAAUUGCAGCUCUCUUAUAUACUUACAUAUUUACUAAUGUAUGGGGGGGGGCAU